AUGUCUUCAUCACACGCCAGCCUCAGCGCUGCCUCAGACGACCGCAAAGCCAGGCUCGCGAAGCUGAAGAACCUCAAGCGCAAGCAACCUGGAGACGAAAUUGUUGCACCAGAAUCAGAAAGAGCCCAAUCCCCUCCAGUAGAGCCAGAUGUCUCACGACUCCAUGUCUCUGGCCGUAACUACGACCCUGAAACCAGAGGUCCCAAGCUUGGCUUUGAACAGGAUCCAACCCUCAACCUCGACAAGCCAACGCUCGAAGAGCAAGCUGCCGAAGUGGAAGCGGAGGUCAAGCAAAAGGCGGCAGAAGAAGCCCAAGACGAUCAAGGUGUCGAUUUAUUCAAGCUACAGCCAAAGAAGCCGAACUGGGACUUGAAAAGGGAACUUGAUAGGAAAAUGGAGGUUCUCAACGUUCGGACCGACAACGCCAUUGCGCGCCUAGUCCGCGAUCGUAUCACGGGUGCACAAAAGGCUGCCACGAAGAGAGACGCGGUCGUGGACGCGCAAGGCACUGGAGAAGCAACCGGCAUGGAUGGUGUGGCAUUGGUAGAAGGCUUGAGGGUCAGGGAGAAGGAGGAGGAGGAGGAAGAGCGUCGCGAACGGGAAGAAGAUGCUGCGCUAGGGGUAUGA